AAAGACAUAGUAUUAGUUAUAAUAUAGUUGAUACACAGCUAUAAAGUAUCAUUCAUGCACUUCUCCACGUUAGGUGUGCAUUUCAGGCAAUCCAGAACAAAAGUAUAUGAGGUUUUUUUUUUUUUUUUUUUUUUUUUUUUUCAAGAGUUUAUUACAAUGACAGCGGUACACUGAAGCAUGGCUUGGUUAUUCAUGGUAUUGAAGUGCACUGGUACAGGAGACGGCUCUGACAAACAGAACACUGGGCCCUUCAGUUGCUUGUUAGAAGCAUGUGUUCCUGGUCUCCUAGAAACAGCAGAACAUUCUGCCAUAAACUCCCAGAGAGAGGCUCUCACUGCUUCUGCUGUGCUAUUCAUCUGUGUCAAACACUUACAAAUGGAUGUCACAUGCCUCUUGCAUACAACACAUUAUUAUUAAAAAAAAAACUCCCUUUAUCUUGUCGCAAUCCCUUUUAAAGCUGGGGAGAUUUUUUUUUUUUAGAACUUUAAUUUGAAGUUUAAUUUAAUACAGACACAUGUAUACAGUACAACAAUAAUUGUGGAUAGCAGCUCAGAAAACAUUUGUAAGAGGUGUCUUGAGUUCAUAUUGUACAUUUAUAUUGUUGAUCAGAGAAUUUGAUGAACAAACUAUUUUUUUUCUCAAUGUGUAACAAAAUCACUAAAUGUAAAUAAUAAAUACAAAAGCAAACAAAUAGCUGAAACUCGUGUAUCCAGUACUCUCGAUUAAUAGUUAAAUAGUUUUAGUAUCUAAGCGACGCCUCUUGUUGUUGAGGUGUCCGUUACAGAAAACAAACAGGAACGACAGAACUAUGGCCAUGGGAAGAGAGAAAACAUUACCCAAAGGGAAAUGUAUAGAUGGGAAACAAAAAGAAGAAGCCUUUACUGACAGAAGUGGUUGGUGGAGAAACACUAUUAAGAACUAUCCCAUUCCAGGCAGUUACCACAUCCGUGACUUCAUAGAGGAGACAGGACUCAACCCGGUGCCGAGGACGUACAGCUUCAAAGGCCCUGCGCGAGACACACUCAUGUGGACUGUGCGUCGAGGUGGGGAUCUGCUAUUGCCCGGGGCGUAUAACUUUACUGACUCAACCAAUGAGGCUCUGCGACGCCAGGCAACUUACUCUUUCAAAAACUGCCCCAGACCUGACAACCUCACUUUAGGCCUCAGGGAUAAGGAUAUUAACCUCUCUCCCGGUCAUUAUGAUGUUAUGGAGAAGCCUGUCCCCAAAUCACCCUGCAAACACGUGAUGUUCCGAUCAGCUGUACAAAGGGUCAGCUUUCUCCCGAAGGAGGGACCAGCGCCUGGACAUUACAAUCCAAGGCCAAGCACAGGCAUUGCAAUCACUUCCUGCUUUAGGUCUACAGUACCACGGCUGUACAGUGUGCAUUCGGGAACUCCCGGACCAGGUGUGCAUGAGCCCACAUGGCACAGAGGUCAACGGCUCAGCACUAAGGGCAAAGUGGACUGGGCCUAUGACCUCCUUUUUCGCAACAUACCAUGAACUUUGCCCUCUCUUUUGUCUGACAUUCCGACAAAUAUUCCAUCUUGUAAUAUUUCCCAUUCUUUUGAAAGCAGGAUGUUGCCAGCAGGUAUGCGACUGACCUUGUUAAAAUGUGUUUGAAAUAAUGUCAGUUGUUGUUUUAACAUUGAAGUAAGUUCAAAACAACGGUUUAUGCUGAAUAUUUGUAAAAGGGUAAAGGAAAUGUGUAUAAAUUUUAACACGAUUUGUAAGAUAUGACAUUGAAAUAUUAAUAUUGAUUCAAUUUAAAUAAAAAAAUCUAUAUCUGCAAUCUCUGUUAUGUCAUGAGCUGACUGUGUGGCUGCCCAUGUAUUGAACAAAUCUUUGUGAUGACUCUCACAUUCCAAUAACUCAUUCAGCCUGAACAAAGAGAUCAUUGUCACACAAUAAAAUGUCUCGGUUACAAACGGGAGACGUAAUGUCGACGUGACGACGUAAUUGGGAUCCCUCAUCCCUAUUAUUUCCUUGACCCUAUAUAGCUUGACCCUAUUGUUGAGGUCUUGAAUAUUUCUGCUGACAUUAAUGAGAAUGUACAUGUGGGUUGUGUUGUGUAGGCCUAUAUUUAUGUCUUUAUCUAAUA